GAUACCAGGCCAGCAAUGCCAAUGUUUACGUAGGUAUCACACAGAAAACAAGACUGAGGAGGCCCCUGCCCUCUUGGAGCUGCCAUUCUGGUGAGUGCAAAUACUGAAGCAUACUACGAAGAAAAUAAUGCAGCUGAUGGGACAGAGAUCGAUGAGGGAGGGGCUACAUGAUAAAAUCUGGGAAAGCCCUCCUGAGGCGAUGACAUUCGAACUAAGACUUGAACGUUGGGAACAAACUGGAGGAGGGCUGGGGAGAAGCAUUGCAUAAGGGAGGAGGAAAAGUGUAAAUUCCAGGGGAGAAGGAUGUCUGUUUUGCUGGAGCACACUGACUCAGGAGAGAGGCGGUCAGGGUCAGAUGAAGGUCUGGCUGGCCAUGGUUAAGAAUUCGAGUUUUAGUCUAUGUGCGACAGGAAGUCAUUGAACAUUUUUUGGCAGAGAGAUUGUAGGAUUUCCAAAGAAUCUUCUGUCUAAUACCUGAAAUUAUGACUGUGGGUGAGAGGGGGUGGGGAUUGCAGGAGAAGGAAGGAGACCACUUAGAAGUCUUCUGCGUUCGUCCAUACAGGAAACAUGGGUAGCUCGGACUAGGACUGGAGCAGUGUGGAUGUAAUGGUAUAUGUUUUGGAAGUAAACAUCUAUAUUUUUAGUCAACAACUAAAAGGAUAGGAGGAAGUUGGAGAGAAUAAUAAUACUAACAACAACAAUAAUAAUGUUAAUAAUAGCAGCUAACACCUCUAUUGCAUUUAGGAUCCUUUGAGAUGCUUCCCACAUGUUAACUACUUUUAUCUGCAUAAUAAUAGUACCCAUAGAUAGGUAUUAUCGUCACUGUUUUAUAGAUGAGAACACUGAGGCACAGAGAGGUAAAGUGAUUGGCCAAAAAUCUCAUAGCUGCAGAGCAGGGACACCAACUCAGGCAUCAGAUUCUAGAGAGGGUGCACUUCCUCCAGUGUUCUAGGAUGUAGUAUCAACAUUUAAGUACAAUGGAGGGACAGAGACAGAGGACCUUGAUGGGCCAAUUGAUAUGAUUUUAAAAACAUUUUGACAGUGAGCAGAGAUUAUGGGUUAAAAAAAAGAUAAAAGAUCAGUCCCUGCCUUUAAAGAUACAGUACUCUUUUAUGUGCAUUUAUGUUUUUCCCCAGGUCCCAUAAAUGGGUCCAUCGUGGUGGCAUAAUAGGUAUAAUAAAUAUUCAUCAUUUCAUUUGUGUCUACAUAGAUUUCCUUGUGAAUUCAGGAAAAGAUGGAACUUUGUUUUGCAGACACCCAAACCAUGGUAUUUGCUGUUCAGACCACUGCCAGACAUCCAAGGGGCUCAAUUUCUUGCCUCUGUUUUGGAGAGCUUGCUGGUUAGGUGCUGCCUUUGGAGUGUGGUGGCAGAGGUGUUGAGGGUCGUCAACGCUCUACAGGUCUGUUUUUGAUGCAUUGUGGCUACCAUGCAGCAGAGGGCGCUGCAGUAGUGUUCAUCGUGGUCCUAGGGAGCCACUCAUCCAGCCAGAAAGCGGGCCAAGCCAGGAGGAGGUGUGGCAGGCAGCCCACAGUCCUCUUUGGUUUUGCAACUUUAGUACCCAGGGCUCGUUCUACACAGACCAUUCCUCUACACCGUAUUUCAUCAUGUUGGGCGCCUUCCAUCCAGUCCUGCAUCCAGGCGUAAAGGAAAGGGCAUUAGCUACCCGCCUUCCUAGGUUUAAGGAUAGCCUAUACUGGGUUGCACCGGUAUUCUCUUCUCUGUGUUCUCGGGGUCAGUUUGACAGUCCCCUUGAAACCACGAAAAGCCCCCGCCCCUGCGGCGUGUUUAUGUAUGUGCGCGCGAAUCUUUGUUUCCUCUUUUGGUAUCCUUUCUUUUUAACCUGAUUGCGCGAACAUCCUCCCCCCACCCCGCCCGCCCCACGUCUUUCCAUUGACAUUUGGGGCAACGGUAGGCUCAGAGCUGAAAUCUCUGCCUCCUAAGAUGCCCCUCAAGCUCUCCAAUUCCCCUACUCCCACUGCAUUUUGACUCACGCAAGAGGGUGUGUGACAGGUCGCAUGUAUAUUUGUGGCAACCAAGACUGUAGCACUCGUCAAACCUGUUCUUCCCCUCCCGGUCCCCAGAAGUCUCUCCAGCUGACCGGACUUACGCCUGGCAGCGCCUGGCACACACAGUGUCGGGGUUGAGAUCCAGCCGGUGCCAGACGCCGCCCGGCAGAAGCGGGGAGAGCGACCGCAUCCUCCUCGGUCUCGUUUCUCCUGCAGCUCCCCCGCCCAGGGCGCAUUCCAGCUACCCCUUUGGGCUGCCUUCCAGCCGUAGCCCUUGGGUCCCAGGGGCUUCCCAGAGUGAAAUCGAAGCUGGUCCCAGAGCCCGGCUCGGUCCGGUCCCUCUGCCCCCAUCCGGCACUCUUCCACCUCCUCUGAGUCCCACUCCUCACCUAGGGUGCCCCUCACUGCCAUGGGUUAGGGUGGCGGCACGAGCUGCGCUAAGGACCAGCCCUGUGCAUCCGCCGGGGGGCGCGGAGCCCGAACGCCGCUCGCCGCUCUUCGGUGCUGGGCAUGGGGAGCGCCGUGUGAGCCCGCACCCGGGAAGGACGCAGGAGCUGCGGAGACGGGCACGAGGAGGAAGAGGAGAGUAGUGGAUUGGAAGGACCUGAGAAAGGAAAGGAGGGUAGAGAAGCGAGGGAAAAGUGAAGCUGGGAGGAGAAGGCGACGGAAGGUGGGGAUUGAUGCUUCUGUUUUUUGUUGCCGCUGCUACCCUUGCUCUGAGAGCCCAGCCGGAGGAAAGGAGGUGGAGAGAUGAUUGCAGAGUUGGUGAGCAGCGCUCUGGGGCUCGCCUUGUAUCUCAACACCCUGAGUGCGGAUUUCUGCUAUGAUGACAGCCGCGCUAUCAAGACUAAUCAGGACCUCCUCCCAGAAACUCCAUGGACCCACAUUUUCUACAAUGAUUUCUGGGGGACUCUCCUAACCCACAGCGGCAGCCACAAGUCCUAUCGGCCCCUCUGUACUCUCUCUUUUCGCCUGAACCAUGCCAUCGGAGGGCUGAAUCCCUGGAGCUACCAUCUGGUCAAUGUCCUACUGCACGCGGCUGUCACUGGUCUCUUCACCAGCUUCUCCAAGAUACUCCUGGGGGACGGUUACUGGACUGUCCUGGCUGGCGUGAUGUUCGCCUCUCAUCCCAUUCACACGGAGGCCGUGGCCGGUAUCGUCGGACGGGCUGACGUUGGGGCUAGUCUCUUCUUCCUCCUCUCCUUGCUCUGCUACGUGAAACACUGUUCAACAAGAGGCUACUCAGCCAGGACCUGGGGCUGGUUCCUGGGGACGGGACUGUGUGCCGGAUGCAGCAUGUUGUGGAAGGAACAGGGAGUGACUGUCCUUGCCGUCUCAGCGGUUUAUGAUGUCUUUGUCUUCCACCGGCUGAAAAUGAACCAGAUCCUACCCACCAUUUACAAAAGGAAGAACUUGUCUCUUUUUCUCAGCAUUAGUUUGUUAACUUUCUGGGGGACUUUCCUUUUGGGUGCCCGUUUAUACUGGAUGGGAAACAAACCACCAAGCUUUUCCAACUCUGACAACCCAGCCGCUGAUUCGGACAGCCUCCUGGCUCGCACGCUCACCUUCUUCUACUUGCCAACCAAGAACCUGUGGCUGUUGCUAUGCCCAGACACCCUCAGUUUUGAUUGGUCGAUGGAUGCCGUGCCUCUGCUCAAAACAGUUUGUGAUUGGAGAAACCUACACACUGUGGCCUUCUAUACUGGACUCCUCCUCCUCGCCUACUACUGUUUGAAGAGCCCAGGCGUAGAAAGAGAAUGCAACGGGAAAUUUGUAACAAACGGCAAGCAGAAUGCAAAUGGACAUAGCUGCCAUUCAGACGUGGAGUACCGGAACUCAGAGAUUAAGCCCAGCUUUGCAUCCAAAGUAGAAAAUGGCAUUAAAAAUAAUGCAUCACAGAGAACACAGCUUCCUUCUACGGAGAACAUUGUUGUUCUGUCUUUAUCUUUGUUAGUAAUACCCUUUGUUCCUGCCACGAACCUGUUUUUCUAUGUCGGCUUUGUAAUUGCAGAGCGAGUAUUGUACAUUCCUAGUAUGGGCUUCUGCCUCCUCAUUACUGUGGGUGCCAGAGCCCUUUAUGUCAAAGUCCAAAAGCGGUUUCUCAAGACCUUGAUUUUUUAUGCAACGGCUACAUUAAUUGUUUUCUAUGGACUCAAGACCGCAAUCAGGAAUGGAGACUGGCAGAAUGAGGAAAUGCUCUAUAGGUCAGGGAUAAAAGUAAACCCUGCCAAAGCCUGGGGUAACCUUGGAAAUGUUCUGAAGAGUCAGAGCAAAAUUUCUGAAGCUGAAAGCGCCUAUAGAAACGCUUUGUACUACCGAAGCAACAUGGCCGACAUGCUUUAUAAUUUAGGGUUACUCCUGCAGGAGAACAGCAGGUUUGCAGAAGCACUGCAUUAUUACAAAUUGGCGAUCGGGAGCAGGCCUACCCUGGCUUCUGCAUAUUUAAACACCGGAAUUAUUCUUAUGAACCAAGGAAAGACAGAAGAAGCCCGACGCACAUUCCUAAAGUGUUCUGAAAUCCCAGACGAAAACCUGAAGGACCCGCAUGCGCAUAAGAGCUCGGUGACCAGCUGUCUUUACAACCUGGGGAAGCUCUACCAUGAGCAGGGACACUAUGAGGAUGCUCUGAGUGUGUACAAGGAAGCAAUUCAGAAAAUGCCAAGGCAGUUUGCCCCCCAAAGCUUGUACAACAUGAUGGGUGAAGCAUACAUGCGAUUAAGCAAACUCCCUGAAGCAGAGCACUGGUAUAUGGAAUCACUGAGAUCUAAGACUGACCACAUCCCAGCUCAUCUCACCUAUGGGAAACUGCUUGCUCUCACUGGUCGUAAGAGUGAGGCUGAAAAAUUCUUCUUGAAGGCUAUUGAGCUGGAUCCCACCAAAGGAAACUGUUACAUGCAUUAUGGUCAGUUUCUUCUGGAAGAAGCUCGCCUCAUAGAAGCAGCCGAGAUGGCAAAAAAAGCAGCUGAACUGGACAGCACAGAGUUUGAUGUGGUCUUCAAUGCUGCCCACAUGCUCAGACAGGCUAGCCUCAAUGAAGCAGCUGAGAAGUAUUAUGAUCUGGCGGCCAGGCUGAGGCCUAAUUAUCCGGCCGCUCUGAUGAACCUGGGAGCCAUCCUGCACCUCAACGGCCGGCUCCAGAAGGCUGAGGCCAACUACCUGCGGGCGCUGCAGCUCAAGCCGGACGACGUCAUCACGCAAUCCAACCUCCGCAAACUCUGGAACAUCAUGGAAAAGCAAGGCUUAAAGACUUCCAAGACCUGACACAGGAGGACGGUACCUCGUCCUCCUCCCUAUUUUAAAACUGCCUUCAAUAACGAACAGAGCUUCCCAGCCGUGCUAUGACAAGAGCUAGUUUGGACGUCAAGACCCAGGGAGAGGUCACUGAGAUCACUGCCGCCCCUGGAAGCAUCCACUUCGCUGUUGGCACAGCCGUUAACACCAAAAAAGGGGAACGUGGGAAACCUGCUGAAGGAUGCGUCUAUUACCCGUAGAACUGUGAACCAGAGCACUUAACACAGGAUCUCUUGGCAUUCUUAAAGGGGGGGUGGGGGGGUCGAAGUUUCAAAUUUUGUUCAUCUUUGAAAGCUAAUUGAGAAAUUGUUCCUUAAACACUGUGAGAGGAAGUCAGAGUGUCUGUUCAGCCAUGGUAAACCAUUAAGGUCAAGUGUUCACAGGGCGUGAUUCAAGUGUAGUGCGUGUGAAUCCUGGUGAGCUGGCUCGUCGUCCUGGCGCUGCUGUCUUCCCUCUUUGGGGCAGCCUGCUUGUCGAUUUCUAAAAUGUAGAAGACUUUUUUUUUUUUCCUAAAUACCGUGUUAGGAUCUGUCGGAAUCUAGUUGUUUCCCGACUAGUGCACGUAACGUUUAUGAUUUACAUGUCACUGUCAUUUGGGCAUCCUUGGCUUUUCGUGUUCUGAGAAGGAUCUGCAGAAGAAAGCGAACCAUACUUCUCACUGGUCUUGUGGGAGAGGCUGGGGAGGCUGUAGUCGUGCCAGGCAGGCGUUUCUUUACUUUAAUGUCCCCAACCCUUCCUGCCCCGCCUUCUGCCCAGAACUGCCUAGAAAAAUUCAUUGUAUUCAUUCUUAGGCUUUUGAUAUUGCCUUUUAAAAUGGCUAUUCCUGGUUAAUGCUCACACUUAUAUAAGGAGUAAAUCAAAGAGAAGCUUAAAAAGUGUUCCGGUUCCCAUAACUGACGAGCAGCUGUUAGACAAAAGGGAAGAUGCUUUGUGACUCCCAAGAUGUUGCAGGUUUAAAAAUCAAGUCUGUGCAAAGGAGUGGUUGCCAAUGAUUUUAUAGUUUGAGAAGAGUUGGUAUGAAAUACUAAUCACUUUCUUAAAGGUACCUAAACAGCAGUGCUGAUAAGUUUUUAGGGAAUUAUUUUUACCAUAUUUUGUUCUCCCCAAAAAACAUUUAAAAAAUGACUUCUUUUAAGCUGCAAUUGACUGGAGCAUUAACCCACGUGUUUCUAAGUCUCCUGCCAAGUGCUCUUCACAGUUGAAAACUAUUUUUUCACUAGUAAAUUUGGCAUUUUAUUUCCUUAACUAUCAGUAACCACUUUAAUGAUCAUUUCAUAAGUAAACGACUAUAAUUGAAGUAGAGAGAAACAUUUCUUGACUUGCCGUCAAACUUCGCUACUAAAAAUUAACUUUGUAGAAAUAACAGUCUACUCUCAAACUUCUUCCUAGAGAAAGUAGCUAGACAAUACCCUACAUAUUUAUUUAUUUAUUAUUCUUCCAUAGCAAAAUAACAAAACUUGAUUCAUUAAACCAGUUCUUUGCAAGUUGAAAUUAGCAUUUUCUCCUGUCCUUUCACACUCCAUGUAUAUAUGGUCAGCACUCCUGUUAAAGGGAAGCUGGACUUGCAAAUACAUCAUGUUAUGUUUUCCUUGUAUUUUAUAUGUUUUGCUGCAUAUCUGAAUACAGUGGGAUAAAGAAUUUAAAGUAGUGUUCCUAUGGCAUUGGUGUUUUUAUGAGAAGGGCAGUAUAGUGAGAGAGAUUUGUUGAUGGCAUUAAAAGAAGGCCCUUCUAAUAUGUAUAUUAUUUAGUAAGCAUUUAACUGAAGGGCCAAAAGUUAAAUUAUAACUAAAUCACUGUGUUUUCAGAACAAUAUUUAACAUUUAACAACAACAAACCCACGGUCAAACAAAAAGCGUGGGUUGAAAUAUAUUUUUCAUCCUCCAGUGCAUUGGCAGAUUGCAAAAAAAAAAAGGAAAAAAAAGAAUUUAAUAUAAGGAUAUAGAGAUGAAUUCAGUGUCUAACAUUUUUAUUUAUUUAAAUAGUUAUUGACCUAUGAUGACUUCCUAGUCUUAACAUUUUAUGUCUUUCUGUUGUUAUUGUUCUUCCUUUCAAACACUUGGUUCUUAAUAGGUUCGCCGAUUGCACAGUAGAGGCACUUCAUGUUGACCCAGUUCCCAAGUAGCAUUAAUAAUUGGGUCUGUGUCAUAAAAUGCAUGGAUCAUUAAUAACUAAAUGUCCCUGACACCUUUCACUACAGGGCUGGGCUUAGUAACUGACCAACUUGGGGGGAGGGCUGGAGGGUCGAUAGAACAUGGUCAAAAAAUGUCUCCGCUCAGGGAUUUAUGGUGGAUUAUUGCAGACAGUGCUAAAAAUAUAGAGCACAAGACAAGUUUACUAAAUUAAAAUUUUAUUUUUUGAGAAACUGUUAUUUGUAUAAAUUAUCAAGAUUUGUAGGCUUUCCUUUUGUAGAAAUAAUUGUUUUAUGUGCCAGAGAAUUUCGAUUUUGUUUUCAACAAUAAAGCAUUGAUAACAAAU